ACAGUCUGCAGGUGACAGAGGAGUGACAGAUACGCAGCAUCGAGCAACUAUGGAUAUUUAUGAGAUUGACGCUAACGUGGCUUUAUUUAUUUACUAAACAGAAGUAUCUAUCAGCAUAUUUUAUUUUUGCAGCGUUUUCGAGCGUUGUUGUGAGCGCGAUCUGGGAACACAGUGCUGCUUCUAGUGCUAGCUUCUUGACAAGAGUGGUAUUUCAACUCAAGGGAAGACUUAUCAACCAAAGAUGUCAGAAUUGGCCACUGGAGAGGCAAAAGCAGAAGGGAAGCAGGCAAGUAAAGAAGUCAAAGAAAGCGAAAAUGUGGCAGAGAAAUAUUCUGCCAUGACAGUGAGCAAAAACAGCGAGAUGAACAUGGGGGAUCUGACCACUGUUCUCAGCGCUGUGCCCACCCACAAACCUGUUAAAAAGCAAAUCCAGUUUGUGGAGGACAAACAGGAGUUCAGCAGAUUCCCGACCAAAACUGGCCGGCGUUCACUGUCCCGCUCCAUCUCUCAGUCCUCCACUGACAGCUACAGCUCUGCUGCAUCCUACACAGAUAGCUCAGAUGACGAGACCUCUCCCCGGGACAAAACCCAAGUAAAUGUGAAGGGCAGCAGUGAUUUUUGUGUGAAGAACAUAAAGCAGGCCGAGUUUGGCCGACGAGAGAUAGAGAUUGCAGAACAAGAUAUGGCAGCGCUGAUCUCACUCAGGAAGAGAGCACAGAGUGAGAAACCAUUGGCAGGUGCCAAAAUCGUGGGCUGCACUCACAUCACCGCACAGACGGCAGUGCUGAUUGAGACUCUUGUGGCUCUUGGAGCUCAGUGCCGCUGGACUGCAUGUAACAUCUACUCCACUCAGAAUGAAGUGGCUGCUGCACUAGCUGAGUCGGGUGUUGCUGUUUUUGCCUGGAAAGGAGAGUCUGAGGAUGACUUCUGGUGGUGCAUCGACUGCUGUGUCAACACGGAGGGAUGGCAACCAAAUAUGAUCCUCGAUGAUGGAGGCGACUUGACACACUGGAUGUACAAGAAGUAUCCAAAUGUGUUUAAGAAGAUCAGGGGCAUUGUGGAAGAAAGUGUCACUGGUGUUCACAGGCUAUAUCAGUUGUCCAAAGCAGGGAAGUUGUGUGUGCCAGCAAUGAAUGUAAAUGAUUCAGUGACAAAACAGAAAUUUGACAAUCUUUAUUGCUGCAGAGAGUCAAUUCUGGAUGGUUUGAAGAGAACCACAGACGUUAUGUUUGGAGGAAAGCAGGUGGUUGUGUGUGGGUAUGGGGAGGUUGGAAAAGGGUGCUGUGCUGCUUUGAAAGCUUUGGGUGCCAUUGUGUAUGUUACAGAGAUUGAUCCCAUCUGUGCCCUUCAGGCCUGCAUGGAUGGGUUCAGAGUAGUCAAGCUCAAUGAAAUCAUUCGUCAUGUGGAUGUGAUCAUAACAUGCACUGGUAAUAAGAAUGUGGUGACAAGAGACCAACUGGACCGGAUGAAAAAUGGCUCUAUUGUGUGUAACAUGGGACACUCCAAUACUGAAAUUGAUGUGGCAAGUCUUCGAACCCCAGAAUUGACUUGGGAGAGAGUGCGUUCUCAAGUCGAUCACGUCAUUUGGCCUGAUGGGAAGAGAGUAAUUCUGCUUGCAGAGGGUCGUCUUCUGAACCUCAGCUGCUCCACUGUUCCCACUUUUGUUUUGUCCAUCACAGCCACAACUCAAGCCCUGGCACUUAUAGAGCUGUACAAUGCUCCAGAGGGACGAUACAAGCAGGAUGUUUACUUGCUUCCCAAAAAGAUGGAUGAAUAUGUUGCCAGUUUGCAUCUAGCUACAUUUGAUGCCCACCUCACUGAGUUGUCUGAUGAGCAAGCUAAAUACCUCGGCCUGAACAAAAAUGGCCCAUUCAAACCCAACUACUACAGGUACUAAUUUGAAGGGGAACUGCACAUUGAAAAAGUAAUGGGUCAUAACUUGUGUAUAUUCUGAAUACCUGGUGUAUUUGAUAUCCUACAAAUCGUUCAAAUGUCCUGUUAAUUUAGAUUUACAUACAAAAUAUAUAAAUUAUAUAAGUAAAAUAUUGUAUAAAAGUCAGUGAAUUGUGCCAAAAAUAGGGGAGGAAAAGGGAGGAAAGAGACACCAAAUAAUUUAAAUGUUUAGCCUUUUUUUGUUUUGUUUUGUUUUACCUGAUUAGUGAGCAUAAAAUUGGUUUCAAAUAAGUUUGCAAAAAUGGACAAGCUUUUGCAAUGAGUUCUUUCAUGUGAAUACAUGCACUAUUUCCUUUAGUUAUUGAACAGCCAUUAUUGUAUGCCCUACAUUGGUAGUCAUUAUUAAGGAGCUUAAAUAGAUAAGCAAAAAAUAUAUAUGUCUAUGGGUGAUGUUUGAUGUUAUUAUAGCAAGCACUCAGUACAUUCCAUCUCACUGUUUUAAAUGAGAAAUUAUUUUAUUGCUUUUUAAAUGUAUUUUGGACUUGGAUUUUUGAUUUAAAACUGUUUAGACUCAAGUAUAGAAUAGAAGUCUAAGAAUAGAUAUGCAAAAGAGGAAAUAUCCCUUUAAAACACAUGCUUCACUCAAGUGUGCUGGUGUCCAUUGCUUGCUCACAUUAAAUGUAUAUUAGCAAUUAAUCAAUUCUGCAAAUGUCAGUACUAAUUUAGCAUCAAUGUCUUUAAUUAGAAUUAUAAUCUUGUAUAAAUUAAACUUAAGUAAUGUAAUUAGAUAGUCAAACUGAAAGAUUCAAGCACUUAUUGCAAUAUUCACAACAGUUCAUUUGCUGUGUUAAUCAAUAUAUGCUUAACUGUAAUUCACUAUGAGAUCCUCACCAUAUAUAUUAUUGUUUAAAUGUCUUAGAAAUGUGAAUUUGUUUUAUUUUAUUUUUUUUUAAUCAUUAUGACAUUUGCUAAGUGCUCAAUGAAUAAAUCACAACCAUGAGAUUAAAAUCUCACUAUAACCAUGGUAUUUGGCCAGGAGACAGUGCCUUGUGACUCUCAGUGAAUGAAAUCAUGGAAUUUUCUGACAUUAAAUGGAAUUGCAAUAUAUACUGAUAGCUAUGCAGACAAUAAUUAAUUUACCUCUCAUCCUCUGUCAGUAGAAUGUGUCUUAUAUUACAGGCCUACAUUAGACAACAUAUAAAUAUCACACUAAUUAUACAGCAUUUAUGCCUUUUAUUUUGAAAAUUGGUUUGCUGUAACAAGCCUCAAUCUGGCUACAUUUAAAUUGGGUUAGUUAUUGGUAGAAAUAUAUUAUUGUGUUAUUAUAGAAUAUUAUCACUAUGUUAUACUGUAUUACUACUGGACUGAUGCCAUAUUAAAAACACCACUGUGAUAAGGGAGUUGCACACUGACUGGCUUUCAGUUUCUUACAUACGCAAUAUAGAUUGUAUUAUGAUGUUCAUAUGUUGCCUGUUCUUCAAUAAACCCUUGAUAACUAUU